AUGCACUCUCAGUCUCUGUGCCCUGACUGGAAAGUGAGAGUAAACAAGAAGGGUCCCUGCAAGGCGUCUACGGAGAGUGAAGAUCGAGAAGAAGCAGCAGUCACUGAGCAUCAGAUAGAGGCCCUGGAGGCCAGGAACUUCUGGACCACAGAUUCACACUUUGCUCUGGAAACAGAAGGCACCCGUAGUCUUGGAAAACUGGUCAUGGCUACCCUCUAUCUGGAGUCUUGCCAGGCCCUUAGUGUUGUGCCAGCUUCUUGUCUUCUGCACCAAGGGCGUGCCUCUGAAUUGAGCCUUCGGCACCGUGGCCUUGGGCCCCAGGGGGCCCGUGCUCUGGCUUCCAUGUUGACCUCUAAUGUCUACAUCAAGCGUCUGGAUCUUCGGGACAAUGGGCUCUGUAGGGCCGGGGCGGAGGCUCUAGCUGACGUCCUAUGUAAGAACAGCAUUAUCUCUGAUGUGGACUUGUCAGAGAACCAGAUUGGAGCUCCAGGGCUCCAGGCAAUCUGUGCUGCCCUUGCCUUAAACCCAGCUGUGCAGAAGAUGCAACUUGGAGGAAACAGGCUGGAGGAAAAGGCCGCCCAGCACCUCGCUGCUCUUCUGGUGUGUCACACGAGCCUAAAAUCCCUAGACCUCAGCUAUAAUCAGCUCAAUGACCUGGCAGGAGAGACGCUUGGACCUGCCUUGGCAGAAAACACAGGACUUACAGAGCUUAACCUCAGUUGGAAUCACCUUCGAGGCACAGGAGCCAUUGCACUUGCCAAGGGAUUAGAGGCAAAUAUAUUCUUGAAAGUCCUAGAUAUCUCUCAUAAUGGCUUUGGAGAUUCUGGAGCCUCUUCAAUAGGUGAGGCCCUCAAGGCCAACAACGUGUUGGAAGAACUGAAUAUGAGAAACAACCGAAUCUCCAUGACAGGGGCCUUGAAGUUGGGGCUGGGUCUGCAAGUCAACCAGACACUUCGGAUUCUUAUUAUUUCCAAGAAUCCCAUUCGAAGUGAAGGAUAUAUCAGUCUCCUUAAGUCUGUCCAGAACAACACUUCAUCUGCCCUGGAGUUACUGGACAUCUCUGAGAUCCAAGUGAACAGAGAGUGUGAUGACCUGGCCAACUCAGUGAAUGCAAUUCUUCCAGGACUUUGUAUAAAGAAUAACACUUCCAGAAGAAAAGACGGACUCUGGUCUGGUCUCUAGUUUGCCAUUCUAAUGUCCACACUGCUGCCCAUUCAAUAUACAGCAUGCUCUUCUGCAUCUGCCAUAAUCUGUGCUUCAUUUCCUAUGGCUCAUUCAUCCAACUAAAAAAACUUCCCAUGAACAAAUGGACACAAGGACAAUGAUAUCUCUGUCAUCCAGGUGUUCAUGUUUUGGUGACCCUGUUAGACAAAAUAUAAGGAGAGAUGCAGAUGAAAUUCCCAAGCUCUUGCAAGAAGGCAAACAGUCACAACCCAUUGGAAGGUAACUGUUCAUCAUGUUCCAAACAGUAAAAUCACCAUGUGCUUCCAUCUAGCUAACUGACUAAUCUGCACUACAGAAAUAACCAGAGCUGCAUAGAAAAACUGCUGCUGACUGACCAGGCAGUGUAACUCGGUAGAGUGUUUGCUUAGCAUACAGAAAACCCUGGCUUUGAUUCCACAGCACCAGGUAAAGAAGUGCAAUCCCGCAUGCCUGCAGUUCAAGCACUCCAGAAGUGUAGGCAGGAGAAAAAGAAGUUCAAAGCCAUCCUCCACAACCUGGUCGAGUUUGAGGAUAGCCUGGGCUACAGAAGACCCUGUCUCAAAAAAGAAAAGUAAAAAAGCUAUCUGUAGAGCUGGUGUUAAAUGUCUGUGAUUUUGGCUUUGGGAGAUUGAGUCAGAGACAUAGUGAUUUAAGACCAGUCUGGGUUACAUAGCAGGAAUCUGCAUAAGAAGGACUGAUGCUUGAAGACACUCACCAAAGCCAGCUUUCUGUAGUGAUGGAAACUGGAAACAGGUGAAAUGCUCAGUAACUAAGGUCUGGGACUCUGCCAAUGUUCAGAGCCAGUGAUCCAAGAAAAGGAUAAUUCAUGAUGACAAACACAAUUAACAGGGGUGAGAAUAUCAGGGUCAUGUGGUUUUCUGCUAGUUCCCCAAAAAGUCAAUUAGUGUUACCAUCCAUUGAAAUAUUAAUGUUUUCAAGAGAAAUGAUAACACAUCACACAAAACCUUGUGAGUGGAAGCCAAGACAACAGGUCAGAAGGUGAAGAUACUUGCUACCAAGCAUGACCAGAGUUUGAGCCCCAGACCCCACCCAUGUGCUGUGGCAUGUGUGCCCUUCUGCACACAUAAAUAAAUAAAUGUGAUGAAAAUAAUUUAAUAAACAUCUCACAAUUG